AUGCAAGUGAGAGAAAAUCCCUUCGCCGGAAUCCAGCUACCUACUCGCCGGAAUCUGACUUCCAGAUUAUCUCUCUAUCAUUUCCCUCUACUAUCUCUAAUCUUCGUCACUCACAAUGGCAGCUUGCAGGAUGUUGUGAGGACAAGUAUCUUAUCGAGAGAAUGGAGGUAUAAAUGGGUAACAAUUCCAAAUAUCGUAUUUGAUUUCCAGCUUCCCUUUGACUUACAGGGAACUCUGAAAUUUAAGACAACUGUUUACCAAGUUCUGUUACUUCAUACGGGACCUACAGUUAAGUUCACCCUUGGCAUCUCUGGUUUCAGCAGCUGUCCUGAUAUCAAUCAUUGGAUCCUUUUCCUGUCAAAAAACAAUGUCCAGGAAUUUACCCUAACAAUUUCCCUAGGCACUGCCCAUGUAUUGCCUUCUCACCUGUUCACCUUCCUACAACUAAGGCGUUUGCAUCUUUCUAAUUGUGUACUCGAACCUCCACCUACGUUCAAAGGACUUUCCAGGCUUGUUGGCCUUGAGCUUGUAAAUGUUACAGUUGUACCUGAAAGGUUUGCAUGGUUGAUCUCUAAUUCCCCGCAGCUUGAACAAUUGGAGUGUGUUGGCAUCACAGAGUUUGAUUACCUUGAAAUUGAUUGUCCUAGACUCAAAAUUUUCACCUUUUGUGGCAUUUUCAAAUCCAUUUGUUUCAAGCAUACCCCUCUUGAGGAAAUUUCACUGAGGUGCUUGUUCAGGCUUUUGAAUUAUAGUCAUGAGGAAGGGAAAACCUCAGAUGUUAUCAUGUUUUCAAAUUGUCAACCUGUUAUUGAGAAACUGGAGCUGGAUGGUAAACUUUUGGAGUUGUUGGGUGUAGAUAAUGUACUAAAGAGACUUCCUUGUAUAUUGGGCCACCUCAAAUUCAUGGAUUUAUCUAGUGUGCGUUUUGGAAAGAUUGAAGAGAUCUCUUGUGCUCUUUGCUUGAUCAGAAGUUCCCCCAACUUGCAAGAACUUAAGAUUCUACUACGAAAGUGUUUGCACCUUUCUCUGGAGUGCAGCCGGAAAUGGACUUUCUCAAGCUGGAGUUUCUCAAGAUUCUGUUAGCAUGCUCAACUGUACUUGAAAAAUUGGUAAUUUUUGCAAAAGUUUAUGAUGGUAUAUCCAGAAUAUUGGAAGACUUGAUACAAUUUCCUCGAGCAUCACCAAAAGCAGAAAUCACACAUUUUGAUUUACGCGAGUUUACAAAACCAAGUUUGGAACAUAUUAUUAGUCAUAUUUUUGCACCAUCACCGAAGAUGGAACGAAGCGCCUGAAAUUGUUUUCGGAGUGUCAAUGACAUUACCCAAAUUGUAUUAGGAGUUUAGUGGUUGAGAUUAAUCCAUUGAACUUUGUAAUUGUGUCUUUGGCUUAGGAAGAAAAGGUUAGUUCUGCUGUAUACAAUAAGAUUACCUGAAGAACCUUUAAUAACCAUUGUAU